AUGAUCCUGCUAUUUUGUGGAGCGAUAGAAACUAGAUCCAAUCUAACAUUUGACGAAUUUUUCGAUUACACCGAGUUUCCAACAAUAAGUUUUUCGCCAAAUGGUCAAUAUUUACUAUUUGAAACGUAUCGUGCAGCAUGGGAUUCAAAUUCUUAUGAAAGUAAGUUAUGGUUAUAUGAUAUUCAAACACAAAAGAAAACAGUGAUCACGAAAAAUCUUGGUGGAUUUUUAAAUCCAAAAUGGUCGCCUAGUGGGAACUGGAUUGCAUUAACAAAAACUGAAAAUUUAGCAACACAUAUCAAUCUUGGUGCUCAUGAUUAUCGACGAUCAACUGCAAGCGAUCAGAAAUCACAACAAUACAUCUAUUUCUAUUCUGUUCUAUCUGAUGAGUUAGUUCCUAUUGCAAUUGGAACAGAAACUGCUUCAUUUGUAACUUGGUCAGAAAAUGAUUCAUCACUUUACUUCGUCAUAACUAAACCACCAUUGAUGGAUGAAGAAAAAGAAAAGCCUGAGCAUGAACACGAAUGGAAUGAUGUCAUUGAGUAUCGCCAACGGGUAAAGAGUUUGACUAGUACGAUUCUUCGGCUUGAUAUCGAUGACAAUGAUCCAAGAUUGUCGACAAAAAUAAAUACUAUUAAGAAUGUUGAUUUUCUGAUUGGAGAAUUAUUGUUUACUUCAUCGGAACGCAAACUUAUAUUAACGUCUAAUUCACCACUUGUUGAAGAUCUUGCUGAUUUUGAGAUUUAUUCUAUUGAUCUAGAAGAACCAUUCAAAUUGUCAAGAUUGACAAAUAAUCAAGCCUUUGAACAACGUUUACAAUUAUCAAAUGAUGGAAAACAUGUACUAUACCAACAGUAUACUCGUACACCAAUUGAUACAGGAUUCAAUGAUACACAACGUCGUCUGUUUUCAUUCGAUCUAGUAAAUGGAUCCAUUGAACAUUUAGCUAAAGAUUUUAUUGGUAACAUAGUAGGACAUGCAAUAGAUUUUGAUGGUAGCCUACUUAUUCGUGGUCAAGUAGGAACGGAAGUACAAAUUUAUAGACAACAAUCGCCCACGGAGCAAUCAAACUACAUCACUGGGUGGACUGGAACAUACGAACAAAUAAAAUUAUCUUCCAAAACAACUCGUUCCGUGGCAUUUGUUUAUUCAUCAUUUGAACGACCAAAAGAAGUUUACUUAACAAAUGAUAUUAAUGAACUUCAAUCAGCAUACCCAAUCACUAAUGAAAAUCAAUUGUUUAGUGAUCGAGAAAUGCCACGAGCAAAAGUGUAUAACUGGAAAAAUGAUGAAGACAAUGCUAUAAUCGAAGGAAUCUUACAUUAUCCACCACAUAAAUUUGAAGCGAAAAACUUACCUCUACUCAUUCUCAUUCAUGGGGGUCCAUACGAUGCAAGUCUCAAUGCAUUCGAAGCAAACUGGUACAAUUGGGCUCCGUUAGCAGCAUCAAAUGAUUGGCUAGUUUUAGAGCCGAACUAUUGUGGAUCAACAGGAUAUGGCGAUCAAUUUGUUGAUCAAAUUCGUCGGCAACCUUUAUCUCGGCCCGGUAGAGAUAUUCUUGCUGCAGUCGAUCGUCUAGUUAUGGAUGGGAUAGUUGAUCCCAACAGAUUGGCUGUUGGAGGUUACAGUUAUGGUGGCUUCAUGACCAACUGGCUAAUUGCACAGACCACACGUUUUAAUGCUGCUCUCUCUGGUGCUGGAUCUCUUGAACAUGUUUCUGCGUGGGGUACAAUGGAUCUACCAUUGAUAUUCACUCAUUUAUUCGGUGGAUUCCCAUGGGUUGUGCCACACUUGUACCAAAAUCAGUCGGCUAUUUAUCAGUUAGAUCAUGUUCGUACACCUACACAUAUCAUCACGGGCGAAGGUGAUGUACGAGUUGAUGCCGAUCAGAGCUAUAUUUUGGAACGUGCCCUGCAUACUUUGGGAAUACCAGUAAAACUCUUACUAUUUCCAAAAGAAGGUCAUGAUUUAAGCAACAACCCGUGGCAUGGGAAAAUUAAAGUUCGAGAAGAACUCAAAUGGUUACGGAAAUAUGGUCAUCAGUCUUGGUUUCCAAAGAAACAAUGA